AGAGAAAAAAAAGAAACAAGAGGCCGUUCGCUCCGGUUACCGUGGAUUGAUUGGUUUUCUCUGGAGAUUCAAACUCCAAAUCUUAUCUGUCGCAUAUCCAGGAAAUUCGGAGAUUGCAGAGAGAUGGCCGCAGCAAGAUCACCAUUUCAGAUAAUAUUAGGUUCAUCGUCCAUGGCUCGCCGGCGUAUUCUAUCAGAGAUGGGAUACGAGUUCUCCAUAAUGACAGCAGACAUUGAUGAGAAAGCGAUUAGGAAGGAAAAGCCAGAAGAACUGGUGAUGGCUCUGGCUGAGGCAAAGGCAGAUGCAAUUAUAUCAAGAAUUCUAGCUACAGGUCAGCUUGACAAUGAUGCGCCUGCCACAUUGUUAAUCACUGCAGACACAGUGGUGGUCUAUGAAGGGACAAUCAGAGAGAAACCAUCUGAUAAGGAUGAAGCACGCAAAUUUAUCAAAGGCUAUUCUGGUAGUCAUGCAGCAGUUGUAGGGUCUGUACUCAUAACCAACCUUAAGACAGGAACAAGAAAAGGGGGAUGGGAAGAGGCAGAGGUUUAUUUCUAUGACAUACCAGAGGAGGUUAUAGAUAGCCUGAUUGAAGAGGACGUUACAUUCAAAGUAGCUGGGGGUCUGAUGUUGGAACAUCCACUUACUUGGCCAUUAGUUGAGGCAGUGGUAGGUUCAACUGACACAGUGAUGGGACUUCCCAAAGCUCUUACAGAGAAACUCAUGAAUGAAGCUCUAUAGCUCGCCCGAGAUUCUUAUUCUUGCUGGUGCCCCAUCUUGAUCUUGGUCAUAGAUAUUAUCAGCCUCCAUUCGACAAGGAACCAUUGAAAGUGAGCCCCAAUUAUUGUCUACCAAUUAAUUUUUUCUUUCAACAAGUGGAUAAACAUGCAGAUGAUAGGUCAUUUUAUUACAUGAGAGGAAAACUAUAGUACUUUCUGAUGUUUAGUACAAAGGAUAUAGUCUUUUUCCUGAAAAAAGUUGCUUUCAGAACCAUUUUGGAAACUUUCUUCAAUGUCAUUAUUCUCUUGUCCCUA